AUGCCUAAGAACAGCAAGGUGACGCAGCGCGAGCAGAGCAAUGAGCACGUCACAGAGUCGGUGGCCGACCUGCUCGCACACGAGGAGCCGCUCGACUACAAGAACAGCUCCCUGAACGUCGGAGGGGCCGCGGGGAAGAAAGUCCCGCAGAUAGAGGUGCCCGAAAACGAUGGACGGCCCGCCUGGAACAGCAAACUGCAGUACAUCCUGGCCCAGGUGGGCUUCUCUGUGGGGCUGGGGAACGUGUGGCGCUUCCCUUACCUGUGCCAAAAGAAUGGAGGAGGUGCCUAUCUGGUUCCCUACUUCAUCCUCCUCCUCAUCAUCGGCAUCCCUCUCUUCUUCUUGGAGCUGGCGGUGGGUCAGAAGAUCCGACGUGGGAGCAUCGGGGUCUGGAACUACGUCUGUCCUCGUCUGGGCGGGAUAGGGAUGUCAAGUCUGAUGGUGUGUGGCUUUGUGGGUCUCUACUACAACGUGAUCAUCGGUUGGAGCAUCUUCUAUUUCUUCCAGUCCUUCCAGUAUCCUCUACCGUGGAGCGACUGCCCAAUCAGAAAGAACGGGACGCUUGCCAUUGUGGAGCCGGAGUGUGACAAAAGCUCGGCUACGACCUAUUUCUGGUACCGUCAGACCCUGAACACGACCAGCACCAUCGCUGAGAGCGGCGGGCUCAACGUCAAAAUGACCCUGUCUCUGCUGGUGGCCUGGAUCAUCGUCUGCCUCGCCGUCAUUAAAGGAAUCGCCUCCUCUGGGAAGGUGAUGUACUUCAGCUCUCUGUUCCCCUACGUGGUGCUGUUCUGUUUCCUGGUCAGAGGUUUGAUGCUGAAGGGAUCGGUGGACGGCAUCGCACACAUGUUUACUCCCAAGUUGGAGAAGAUGCUGGAGCCUCAGGUGUGGAGGGAGGCGGCCACCCAGGUCUUCUUCGCUCUGGGUCUGGGCUUCGGAGGAGUCAUCGCCUUCUCCAGCUACAAUAAGAUCGACAACAACUGUCAUUUUGACGCCGUGCUCGUCUCUUUCAUCAACUUCUUCACCUCCGUUUUGGCCACGCUGGUGGUGUUCGCCGUGCUGGGCUUCAAGGCCAACAUCAUGAAUGAAAAGUGUGUCGUGGAGAAUGCAGAGAAGAUCCUGGGAUACCUCAACUCCAACGUCCUGAGUCACGAUCUUAUUCCUCCACAUGUAAACUUUUCCCAUCUCACCACGUCGGACUACGCUGAGAUGUACGGAGUCAUCAAGACGGUGAAGGAGGACGGCUUCGCCCAGUUGGGUCUGGAGCCUUGUGUCCUGGAGGACGAGCUCAACAAGUCGGUCCAGGGCACCGGUUUGGCCUUCAUCGCCUUCACGGAAGCCAUGACCCAUUUCCCGGCGUCUCCGUUCUGGUCCGUCAUGUUCUUCUUCAUGCUCAUCAACCUCGGCCUGGGCAGCAUGAUCGGCACCAUGACUGGCAUCACCACGCCCGUCCUCGACACCUACAAAGUUCAGAAGGAGCUUUUUACAGUGUGCUGCUGCAUUGUGGCCUUCUUCUGCGGCCUGUUGUUUGUUCAGCGCUCUGGGAACUACUUCGUCACCAUGUUUGAUGACUAUUCAGCCGGUCUGCCUCUCACGGUGGUGGUCAUCCUGGAAAAUCUGUCUGUCGCUUGGAUAUACGGCACUAAAAGGUUCAUGCAGGACCUGGAGGACAUGCUGGGUUUCCGACCGUGUAUCAUCUACUUCUACCUGUGGAAGUACGUCUCCCCGAUCUGUCUCAUCGUGCUCAUCUCAGCCACCGUCAUAGAGAUGGCCAUCAGCCCACCAGGAUACAACGCCUGGGUUGAAGAGCUGGCUCAGGAGCGCUUCCAGAGUUACCCUCCCUGGGCUCUGGCCAUGUGCUUCGCCCUUAUCGUCGUGGCCAUGCUUCCCCUCCCCGUUGUCUUCAUCGCUCGCCACUUCAACCUGAUGUCGGACGGCUCCAACAAGCUGUCUGUGUCCUACCGGAAAACUAUGAUGAAAGACAUCUCCAACCUGGAGGAGCAGGACGAGGCCAGAUUCAUCCUCGGCGCAAAACCCGGAGAGGCCCCCACAGCGCCGGCACGCAGAGCCUACCUGACCCCUGGAGGGAACAAACCCACGGACCCCAACUCCCUGUCACCAAACAGCUGCUACGGUACGAGCUACCAAAACGCUGCCAUAAGCCCGACCACACCGAGCACACCGGACACGCCUGUGACGCCGGAGUCUGACUCUUGA